AUGUCUUUAAGCAAGUCUGAAAAGCCAGCUAAGAUCACAAUUGUUAGUCAGGAGCAACUUUCACCCUCAAAUUCUAAUGGCAAUGAUUUGGAGGCAAAUAAAUCUGCAAGUUCUGGUCUUGGCGAAGAUGGAAUAAAACCGAAUGGACACUUGGAUAAUUUACAAGCUGAAGCAGAGGAAGGAAUUGAUAAUGUUGUCGAGGAUCAUCGUCCUCCUAGUGGAGAUUCUGGCAUCUCUAGCUCGGAUUCAUUUACGCCUAUGCUACCUUUGGAUCUUAGACAAAUCAAUCUCUUUGGCUUCAAUUACCCACUCCAAUGUACAAACUAUGUUAAUGAAUAUCUGUCUGCUCAGUUAAACAACCAUGAAAAUGACAUCUUUAACGGGCAAAAAGUUUAUGAACAUCCUAAUGAAUUCAUCAGAGACGCGAAAAAGUUUUUCAACGUUGCGAACAGGAUCCUAACCUGCGAAUGUUGCUGGGGUGCCUUCAGUCUGGCUGUUAAAUUAUUAUUCAAAGAUUUGAAGAUCAACUUUACUACACACAACGCUGGUUUUAAAUUGGCUUUUUUGGGUGCGAGAUUUUCCAUAGAAGGACCUUUCCUCGGUUCAGUCAUUACCUUAAUGAAUCGUGACCAUCAAAACUUCUAUUCUGGAGUGGCUAGUAGAGACGAUGUUUUUGAAUUCAUCGACAAUGUUAAGGAGUUCGCUUACUAUUUUGGGCUGAUUAAUGCGAAUGAUGUAUGGAAUUAUCUUAAAAAUUAUCUCCCCAAGGAACCUGGAGAUACUUCAUUUCAUAGAGGAAUUACUUUUGAGAAGAAGAACAAGUUCACAGAUGGCAUUUUUGGAAGGAUUUUUGAAUUUGAAUAUACUGCUUCUAUUCCGAAAGUUUGGUAA